GACGAGGGAUGCUUAUGUGGCAGAAAGCGAAUUUAAUCUCCAGUAUGCGUAGAAAGUGGAAUAAACGACCUAUUAGCUCGCUAAGUUAGGUGGCUAGCCGCCGUAGCUCAGCAGCAGCAGCAGCCCGUGGGAAAAACGAGCUAACCGUGGUUAGCUACAGUCAGCCUCCGAGACGUGGAAGUUGGUGAUUACCUGUACCCGUCUGUACAGCCUGCUUGUGACUUAUUGUUGUGUAACGUAAAGGGACAUCAACAAUGGAGCUGUUUCAAGCCAAAGACGAGUACAUACUUCAGAGCGGGGACCGGGCGCUGUGGUGUAGCCGCAAAGACGGGAGCAUGACGGUCAAACCUGCAACAGACCUGCUGCUAGCUUGGAACCCUGUGUGUUUGGGUUUGGUGGAAGGUGUCAUAGGAAAGAUACAGCUGCACACAGAUCUUCCUCUCGGCCUUGUAUUAAUCCGUCAAAAAGCACUGGUGGGCCGUUUACCAGGCAACCACAAAGUCUACAAGAUCACCAAGAUAGCUGUCAUCCCUCUGUCUGACGAGGAGCCCCAGGAGCUCGAGCUGGAGCCCUGCAAGAAGCAUCACUUUGGAAUUGACAAACCAGAGAAACUGACCCAGUCUCCCGAUGAGUCCAAGUUCUUGAUGAAAACUUUGAGCCAGAUCAAAUCUAAUGUGGCCGUACCCAUCAAGAAAAAGGUAAAGGAAAACAAAGAGAAAGAACGUCUGGAGAGGCGGCUGCUUGAUGAGCUGUACAAAAUAUUCAUGGACUCGGACUCCUUCUACUAUAGCAUGACGUAUGACUUGACAAACACCGUGCAGCGCCGGGGAGACUCAGAAAAGUCCAGUUUACCCCUGUGGAAACAGGUGGAUGACCGUUUCUUCUGGAAUAAACACAUGAUUCAAGACGUUAUCAACCUUCAGGUCCCAGAUGUGGACUUCUGGGUUAUACCUAUCAUCCAGGGCUUUGUUCAGGUGGAGGAACUUGUAGUGAAUUACAAUGAGACCUCUGAUGAGGAGAGGAGCAGUCCUGAGACUCCACCACAGGAGAUCACCUGUGUUGACGACAUCCAUCCCCGCUUCACCGUCGCCCUGAUCUCCAGACGUAGCCGCCAUCGUCCAGGGAUGCGGUACAAACGCAGAGGAGUGGAUACAGACGGCCACGUGGCUAACUAUGUGGAGACAGAGCAGUUGAUCCAUGUGCACAGCCACACUCUGUCCUUUGUGCAGACUCGUGGCUCGGUGCCGGUCUUCUGGAGCCAGGCAGGGUACCGCUACAAUCCCCGACCACGCUUAGAGAAAGGGGAGAAGGAGACCAUGUCUUACUUUUCUUCCCACUUUGAAGAGCAGCUUAACAUCUGCAAAAAACAGGUCAUAAUUAACUUAGUGGACCAAAGUGGACGGGAGAAGCUGAUUGGUGACGCAUAUCUAAAACAAGUCCUACUUUACAACAAUCCAAACCUCACAUACGUUUCAUUUGACUUCCACGAACACUGCCGUGGUAUGAAGUUUGAAAACGUGCAGAUACUGACAGACGCAAUCUCUGAUAUCAUCACUGACAUGAAGUGGGCCUGGGUGGACCAGGAUGGAGUCAUCUGCAAGCAAGAGGGCGUCUUCCGGGUCAACUGUAUGGACUGUCUGGACAGGACAAACGUGGUCCAGGCAGCUGUUGCUCGGGUGGUGAUGGAACAUCAGCUGAAAAAGCUGGGUGUGAUGCCUCCCGAGCAGCCUCUGCCUCCCAAGUGCUACAGGAUUUAUCAGAUCAUGUGGGCCAACAAUGGAGACACCAUCAGCAGACAGUACGCAGGCACGGCAGCGCUUAAGGGAGAUUUCACCAGGACGGGGGAGAGAAAACUGGCGGGAGUGAUGAAGGACGGUGUGAACUCAGCCAACCGCUACUAUCUGAACCGCUUCAGGGACGCUUACAGACAAGCAGUCAUCGACCUAAUGAUGGGGCUGCCAGUGACAGAGGACCUCUACUCCAUCUUCAGUAAGGAGAAGGAGCAUGAGGAGAAAGAGAAGGAAAGCCAAAGGGGAGCCCAGGAGCAGGUCAGCCUCCUGCUGCAGACCUACAUGCAGCUGUUACUGCCUGAUGAUGAGAAGUUUCACGGUGGUUGGGCUCUGAUCAACUGUGACAUGAGCAUUAUUGAUGCAACCAACAAAGAUGUGGAUGUGCUGCUGCUUUUGUCUGACAAAGCCUAUUACAUUGCUUAUUACGAUGAGGAAGCAGAUAAAGUCAACCAAUACCAGCGCCUCAAUCUAGAGGGUUUGGAAAAGAUAGAAAUUGGUCCAGAGCCUACGCUGUUCGGAAAGCCAAAGUAUUGCUGUAUGCGUUUGCAUUACAGGAGUGAAGAAACAAGCGGAUACUUUCACACGCUGCGAGCAGCCACACGAAAUCCUGAGGACGACGGAAAAGAUACAUUACAAUGCAUUGCGGAGAUGCUUCGCAUUACGAAACAGGCAACAGGGCUGGACUUACUAGUGGUUGAAAAGAAGCUGGACAGGCGGCAGAGUAAACCUCAUGAAGAUAUAAUGGGGAUCCAGAACAAACCUGCUGACCAGGUCCAGGGCAGCUCUGGUCUGGCACAGGGCAAAAGUUUCCUCCUCAACAAAUUCUCCUCUCUCAAUCAAAAAGUGAAACAAACCAAGACAAACGUCAACAUCGGCACCUUCAAGCCCCUCGGGAAGCUGGGAAACUUCUCUAAGCCUGACGUGGCGGUCAGUUUCCUGAAACCAAAUAUGCAUGUCAACCUGUGGAAGUCGGACAGCAGCUUGGAAACAUCAGAUAGCAACCCUGGCACCGGAGCCCUGAAAGAUAUUGGUGACGAGCACUCUGAAAUCUCUGACUCUGAUUCCUAUAAUUCUGACCCAGAGCACCCGUGCGCUGGCUCCUUAGAAAAUGUGGACUAUGUGCUGCCCAGCUGUGGCAUUGUAGCAUCAAACCCACGACUGGGCAGUCGCUCCCAGUCCAUCAGUAGCGCAGAGCUAAAUAUACCCUCUGUCAUCCGGGUCACUGGCUGUGACGGAAAGCAGGAAAGCUCCCCCCAAGUCAGCGAUGACAAGUCCCCAGGGGCUGCCUCUGUGGCUGAAGAAGCCAUUCUGAUUGACUUUGGCACACCCAUUGAUGCCUACUGCCACCAGUUUGUCCACGAUGCACAGACCAAACCUGUUGAGGUGUUUGGAGAGCAGCCGCUAGCUGGUGCCCCCUCACUCAACCCUGUAGUGCCUGUGCAGAAUAAGAUCCCAGCAGACUCAGACAAGCAGCCAAGCUCCAAGCCGCAGCAUCAGCCAGAGGAGCCCCAGCUACCCAGGCCAUCCCAGCUAGAUGUCCAGUCCACUACCUCCAGUUCCAACCUCCUCACCGUCCAGAAGCCCAACUCUGCGGCGUCAGGAGGCUCUCAGAGGAGUCUGUCCUCACAGUUGGAGGGCAGCCUCGGCCCCUCACCUGCCGACAGCAACGGAAGCCGAGUGGUGUCCCCCUUUGCCAAGAUCAAGAGCUCCAUGGUCCAGGUGGCCAGCCUCACCCAGGCUGGACUCACCCAGGGCAUCAACUUUGCCGUGGCGAAGGUACAAAAGAGCCCAGAGCCAGAUACUGUCAACGAGGCCCAAGAGAACGAGCUGAAGGCAAUGUUUACACAGUGCCAGACCAGGAUCAUUCAGAUCUAGUGCUUUCCUUGUAGCAGAAUUUUGUAGUAGUGCGUCAUGUAGAAACUUCCAGUACGGUAGCAGUAGCAAAAGCUUGCACACAGCGUCACUACUCGGCCAAGAAAUGCGCUCCUAAAUUUGCCCUUUAGUCAAACUUUCCCCUGUUAAGGAUGACUCUUUUACAGAAGUUAAAAAAACAGUCAAAUGCAAAUGACAGCAAUCAUGUUUACAUGCACACAAUCAUGAAACAAGUCUCAUAAUCAUAACAAAAUACACUUGAUUGAUCACAGUGUCAGGUGUUGUCAUCAAUACAUUUACUCCCUUUUUGUAUAGAAAUGAUUAGUUAUAGGUGAAAUUAACAUUGAAUUAAAUGUUUCUAAGUAUUUGUGUCAAUGAAAAUUUUAGACAGCAGUACAUUUGAUUGGAAUGGGGGCAUCCAAACACUAAAUCACUCCAGAAAUCCUGCUCUUGUGCUAAGAUAAUCAAAGUUGAAGAAUAUUCUCAUCACGAUUACAUAUAGAAAAAGUAAAAAGUAGAUAUUUAAGUUUUUAAAACUUUUAAACUCAUGUACCUGUGUUUUUGUGCAUGUAAACAUGUGACUGUCCUUUAGUCUGAAAAGUAAUUUUACGAUUCCCCCCUUGCACGUGAGGUCGAUGGUAACAACAGAGUUUGACGAGGCAGGUAAUUAAUAGCUGCAUGUUGAAAGACCAACUCUGAAUUCUCAUGUACUGUAUGUCAUCCCAUAUGUGCAGGUCACCUAUUGGCGUUUUGUGAUAUAGACCUCGUAAUAACCUACAAUUUGUAACAGUUGUCGUAGAAUCCGACCAAAAUAACUUUUGUGAUUCCCAAAGGACAUCUCCGUGUGAACUAUUAUCCUUUGUAUAGCUGUCAGAAACUAGCAAGACAACAUACUGUACGUAAAUAUCCUAUGUAAUAUCAAUGUUGUCAAGUGUAACUUAGAAGAUAUACCGUUAUAGAAACUAUGACUACACAAGACCUAAGUAAGAGUAUCCCGGCUGUUGAUAUGUACAGUGAGUUUUAUGUUUAUGCGUUCCCUGAGUAGAGCCUUCCCUUCAGCUUUUUGUAUUGAUGGCAGGGUGGCAGCUUAAUACGUUCAAAGGGGUAAGAGCAAUUAUAUUUUCAAAAGAUCGCCUAGUGCUGUCAUCACUAACUAUGAAAAAAAACAGAAAAACUACUGGUUAGAAUUGUUUUUGAUAGAUUAUAUGUAUUGAAAUAACUAUUCUGCUAAUGGUUGUACUAAUUAACUAUAUGAGGGGUUUGUUAGAACCGAGUCCUCGGCCAGCAUUGUACAUUGCAUGUUUUGACAAAGACAAAGAGAGUAGCAUAUAGUAGGUAUAUAUGCAAUGGCACCCACCCAACUAUUAGAGACACUGACGCUUUUAUGCACUCCCCAAACAGAAAGCAUAUUUGCCUUAACAGGGAAUUGAAGUGGGAAUAUGUAUAUCAGGUAUUUAUGGCAAAAUCUACCUUUUUAAGUCCAUCCUUACAUGUUACAUUUGGUGUACUGUAUUUAAAAAAAAAUCAUGUUCAGGGUUACUGUAUGUCAUCAACAUUUAUCUUGGGAUAUUUCAGUUGAGGGCACAUGCAGUAUAUUCUCCAUCACGUAAGGCACAUUAUAGAAAUGAGCAGACUUUAGAGAGUGUGUGUGUUCUGUUCAGUAUGAUUGUGUUCUGUUGCUGCUGGUAUUUAGGAGUACUCACUCCCUACAUAUUUAUGUGCUAUGAUAUAUGUUAUAGAUGUUUUCUCUCCUUAACCUCAAGAUUCCUCAUUAGUCCCCGUUACAGUUGUUGUCAUUAAGAGAAAAUCUCCUUCAGAACUUUGUCAUAGUCCCCCAGAAAAAAUGAUAGCAAACUUGGGCUACCAUUACCCCAGUGCUGUGUGUAUAUUGGUGUCUAUUUAUGGUAAAUAAUAAUAAUAAUAAUCUGGUCUGCCUUGAGUUGGAAUAUCCCAAGAUAAAGGAUCAACAUGUUUCAUAUUUUGUGUCAUGUUUGCCUGUUUUCGGCGUUCAGCUUGCUCACCAGCAGAUAAGAUGUGGGAUACACUUGUGUUUUAUCUGACUAAUUGUGUUAAGUGAGACUGUAAGCCUUGGCUGCUUCGUGGUUGCUACAUUAUAUAGUUAUCCAACCUGCUGAUAGUGUGUGGUGCUGCCAAAGCUUUAAAAGGUAAUCGCUGUAAUGCAAUAUUUUAGUGCAGAAGGUUAAAGGUGUUUUUUUUUUUUUUUAACUUUCUUCAGGAUUGUAAACACUGGAGCAGUUCUCACGCUGAGCAGAAACUUAAUUCUGUCCUAAACUGGCUGUAUUAAGCUAAAAAAAGGAACAGUAAUCCUCAACAUUCCUAAUAGAGACCAUAAUGCUAGAAUAUUGGUGUCUGGGUUUUAUAUGCAAAAGCUGACAGUUAAUAUUUGAUUCAAUUUGCUGGGUGAGAUUUUUCUCCUUUCCCUUUGUUUUAUACACAAAGUGCUUUUUGCGACCACCUCUUCAUUUUACGGUCUGGGGUUGUCCCCCCUGCCCAUUCGGACCCCAGACCGUCACGUCAUCAUGUGACAAGAGGUCUUAAAGCAUUUGAUUUGCACUGUUUCAGCACAUUUUCUAGCAUUAGCACCAUUUCAUCCGAAUGUCUGUGGUCAAUGGUCAUACCUUUCCUCUUUAUCAACUGACUAUUGUCAUUGUUUUCCACAGUGUACUGAGAUUGUAUUGUAUAUUAAAGUAUCCUAUUUAUUCUUA